AUGACGCCGACAGGCCUUGUUUCGACGCCGGCUCCGUCUCUUCCGUCGAACUGGUACGAACUCGCCAUCAAGGCGAGGACUGCGGCUCUGCGCGACUCGCAGCGCAACAUGUCCGCCCCAGCGUCGAUACCAUCAGACACAGCGUCAGAAGCUCAGGUAGAUACGACGUCGAGAGAUCAAGAUGCUGCAGCGCCUCAACCUGCAGCGAUUCAAUGCGCAGAUGCGCCGAUCGAUGUACCAGAAUCGACGCCAGAGGUCAAGAUGGAGCCCAUCGUGGAGCCCCUAUUGCAGCCAGACACAUUGCGUCAACCAACAGCGGAAGCGUCACUAUCGAAUCAGCCAUUGGCUGGCGGACUCGUCGGCGAAUCGAGCUCGGCCGCGCCCGAAUCAGCAGCACCUGCUGCCGUCGCUUCCACAUCGUCCGUGACGCAACCAAUAAUUUCGGCAUUGGCAAACACCAGCGCAAGUCGCAGCCCACCGUCCGAGGGCGCUGACGCAUUGCGGACAGAGAUCAUGGGACCUCCUCCUUCUCUGCCAGCCGAUCCCGCCUAUCCGCCUCUCAAUCCGGUCAUUUCGGACGCACCAGUAAUCGCUCCAACCAAUCACAAGCGAAAGGGGACUACUGGAGUCAAUGGCACCCAGCGCAAAUCGUCCGCGCUGCAAGCACCGGUCGACUAUGUUGCCCCGACCAACAUCAACGGCAAGAUGCCGUAUGCUCUGUUUCAGACCAUCAAGAGGACAUCUCCAGUGUCCGGUAAGGCUUCGACGGAGACUGCCGUAGGCGCAGAGCGAUCACACAGCGAGUCGACACCUAGCGAUGCCGGAAUCGUGUCGAAAGACUGUGGUGUUUCGUCAGAGGUAACAGCAACGGCAGAGAGCAGCGCCGUAGACCCUCCCGUCGCUGACGUUUUGACAGACGCUGACUCUGUCGCCACAGCGACGGCAACCCGCGAAACAAGUCCUGACGCCGCGACCGCGACGGCGACCGUACCACUAAGCGCAACCGCGACCGAAGUCGGGGCAAUAGAGACAGGAACAUCGCAAUCUCCUGCGACGAAUGACGCAGCAGCAUCGCUACCCGUGCCUGUCGUCAGCGAAUCGCUCGACUCGAUACCAGCUGCCUCGAUGCUUUCUGCCGUUGAGGCCGGCGACUCAACAUUGACAUCGAUGACAGGAAUGCGUCGAAAUCCUAGCAACAGAGGCGCCUCGCUGCUCGCAUCGCAGUCGAUCACCAGCGCUUAUGCCGAUCCACUGGGCCUCAAAAAGCAUCGCGAGUUGCAAUUGCAGGAAGAGGCACGUGCGCGCAGGUCACCUUCAGCGAGCAGCGCCGGCACAGGACCUGCACAAAAUGCAUCAACGUCAGCAGUCCCAAAGAAGAGUACCGGCGCUGCUCGCACCAUCGUUCCGCCUCCACUUGUGGAGCCGCCUCCUGGCAUGAUGCACAUGGCCGAUGGCAAACUCCGUACCAUCCCCGGCAUCGCAGGUGCCAUCAUCCCUCCCGGACCAAGCUCUACUUCGACCGACACCAACCUCAGCCCCCGCCUCGAGGACAAGGGCAGCGUCAACAACGACUUUUGCGAAACCUGUGGUGGUCACGGUCGCUUCGUCUGCUGCGAUGGCUGCCCACGCAGCUUCCACUUCCAUUGCAUGAGCCCACCGCUCGACAUUGACGAGAUGCCCGCUUCGAAUGCUGCCGAGGUCUUGGGACCCGCGAAGUCAGGCCUAGUGCAGAAGGCCAAGUCGAAGGCUGGCACGCCAGGCCCAUCGUCCGAGAUCAACACGGACGAGAUGUGGUUCUGCAACGUCUGCGUGGCAGAGCGCAAGCCGAAAGCGGUGCAGAAGCCGAAGGGUCUAGGGCCUUUCGGUCAGCUCCUACCGCUUCUGUCGCUCCAGAACCCCAAGAGCUUCCAGCUUCCCGCUGACGUGCGGACCUACUUCAAGGAUGUAGCUACAGCGAAUGACGGCGACUAUGUCAACGCAGGCAUGCUCCGACAGGUCAAGCCGAACAAGCAUGGACUGAUUGAGGCGAGGGAUCCCUACAGGCUUAAGGACAAAAAUGGCGAUGUGGUCCUCUGCUAUCGCUGCGGCGGGACAGCGCUUCCGGCCGAGUCGACUGCUGAUCCGCAACACGUAGCGGCAUCGACACCGGCCGAACACACAGUCCGCGAAGGCACAGGCUGGCGCAAGAUCGUCAGCUGUGAUUUCUGCCCUCUCCACUGGCAUAUUGACUGUGUCGAUCCACUGAUGCUGGGCAUGCCAAGCAACCUGCGCAGAUGGAUGUGCCCAGCACACAGCGAUCAUGUCAACGACCGUCGCCGGAUCGCCCGUGUCGGCGCUUCCGUACCCAAGACACUCGAUCUGCCCAUCCCUUCCGCUAAAACGAUCGGGCCAGGCAAGCACUUCCGCACGCGCGUGCUCAACAAUGGCGACAUCGACAUCAUCCCCGAUCCGAUGGAGCUGCUGAUGGGCGGCAACGGCAUCACUGGCAGCUUGCAGAGCGGUGUUAAGGAUGUGCCUGUUGUGCCGGGUGUAGUCGACUCGCCUGCCUUGACAGCGGGAGGUUCAAAGCUGGCGUCCAAGAUUCGCUUCCGCUUCCCGGAGAAGGUCAUCCGCACUGACUUUUGGAGCAAGGUACGAGGCGAUCAGGCGAGCAAGAUUGGCGAUGUGUUCUAUGUUGCAGCAGAGGAAGCGGGGCUGGUACCAACCAGGCUCAUUGCUCUCGAGGACGGAGUCACACCGGGCGACGAAUUGCGGUAUCGUCCCUUUGGCAAGCGCGACUAUGCGCUGAGCGGUCUGGACGCGCUAGCAGACAUCGCCUCGUCGCGGCUCAAAACCGAAGACCUGCCGCUCAACACCGGCGCUUUCGUUCAACCUUCCCGAACGCGGCACCUGAUCCACACAGCGCUAGGCAUCAACCUGUCAUCGGACGACAUUCCCGAGUCGUCCAUUCGUGCCUCGCUGACCGACCUGGACUCGAGCGAAUCGCCCCUCUCGAGCCUCUCCGACAGCGACGAGCCCGCCCCUACGCCCCUCGCUCCUUCAACGACGACGGCGCUAUCCGAAGAAGAGCAGAUCAAGCGUCUCACCGCCGCAGCAGCCUCGGCGGUGAGCAGCGGCGAGCCUCCCCGCCUGUCCAAACGGAAAGCCGCGGUCGCUGCUGAGAGCGCCAUCUCGGGCUCGCCCGCGAAGAAAGCGCGCUCCGCCUCGCCUACUCCUGUCCCCGUAGCGGUCGAAGUCCGACCAACCGGAGGAGGCAAGAAGAUCACGCUCAAACCCACCCUCUCCGAGAGUCAAGUGGCGUUGCGGACAGCCCACCAUUUGGCCGGACAGCAUGCGGAGGAGCGCAGGGAGAUGGAACAGCUACGCGCGGUGAGAGAGUUGAUGCGCGUGAAAGGUGUGGCGAGGUUGAUGGAGUUCUUGCUCAGUCCCAACGACGACGAUGAUGAGAAGAUGUAA